CAGGAUUGCCGUUAGCUUAUACACGUCACAUGCCUUUCUAUUGCUUCUGAUGAGAACUAAGGAAAUGUCAUUUUUGUUUGGUUCCACCAACCCUUCAGUCUUCAGAUUAACCAACACCAAAUACAUUAAUUAUAAAAUUACGCAAGUAAAUGGAUGCAGUGAUUAAGUAUAUAUUUUUCUUUAAAAUGUUUAUUUUCUGUAAUUUGGUAUAUGGAUUCAACAUGUUUUUGCAUUUAGAUCCUUGUGUGCUUGGAAGAUUUUUAUAUCAAUUGUACAUUUAACUCAUAGAAAUGCAUAAACAGAGCCGGCCCAUGGUAUAAGGCUACAAGUAGGAUAAGCGGUCGCUUUGAGCCCAACAUGUUAUGGGUCUUCGUUAACUAUUAAAAAAUAUCUGAUUUAUUCUUUUCGUUUUAAGUUCAAAUACUGAAACGGUUCCUUAGUUUUUAUUUGUAAUUUUGUACCGUUAAGGGUUUUCACAAUUUGCUAAAUCAAUGUCGUCAGUGAAGAUAUCUGGAUUUAUUCCGUGAUUAAGGUCUCGUCGUAUAUAUUAUAAUCGAUCAGGUCAACUAUUUGUUCUUUGUUUUCUUUGUCGUUGUUCUUGAUACGUAAAUCCAUCAGGUUUCACAUCCGCUCCUCUAUAUUCCUUUCUACCGUUCACAACGAGAUGCACGUUAACGUUACAUACACAGACUUAAAGAACUUUAUGUAGAUAUAAAAAAUAAUAUGUAGAAAAAACAUAUAUUGGCUUGAUCACUACGAGAAAGUUCUUAACCUUGAUAGAUUAUAAUCUCUGAAGGCAAAAUUUAAGAAGAGUUCAUUUGAAGAUUUAGGUUAUAUUUGUAUUUUUUUCCUAAGUAUGGCCUAUAUAUGUUGGAAUUAUUAAUUUAUAAUGGGAUUUUAAUGAAACAAACCCUUAACUUUGGGCCCAUCCAGUUUUUAACCCUUAAGUAUUUUGAUAAUGAAAUAACUCCUUAACUUAAGUCUGUUAGAAAAAGUAACUCUCCGUCGUUAACAACGUUUAAACCCAAAAAGUUUUGUCUUUUAUGUCCUAUUAAAUGAAGAAAACAACAAGACAUAUCACAGAAACGGUAAACUUUUUAUGAAUGCUUGGUUUGCAUUAAACCACAAUAAAACACAUUGGUUUGGAGAUCAAGAAAAAUCUGAUUUCAUAAACCCUAAAAUCUCAAAAGGUUCAACGACAAGUAUGAUAGAGAUCUCAAAAUUAGUGUGGUGGCUAUAGAGGCAGAGUUUGUUAGUGCAAUUUCAUAAACGAUUGCUCGUUACUCAUCAUUCUCCGUAGGCAAAAAAGGAUUUUGGAAAUCUCUACUUCAUCUUGCUCCAAGAUGAUAAGAACGAGUUUUUUUCGAUUAUAUGUGGGUGGAUAUUGGACCUCCGAUGGUUCGUAUAUUGGUGGUGAUAUAAGGCGGUGUAGGGUAGAGUUUGAAAAUCCAAGUAUAUCAAUGUUAGUAGAUAUGGUUCAGAAUGAAGGUUUUGCAGAUAAUAUGAGGAAGUUUUCAUAUUUCCCAUCCAAAGAAGACUAUAAUCGGAAGGAAUUGUCUACGGACAUUGACGUUGCAGAAAUGAUUAAUUGCAUUCAGGAGUUGGAAAGUAUGAAUCUAUAUGUUGUUAGGGAUGAUGAUCCAUAUUUGGAAGAUGUGCUUGUUGGAGAAGAGGAAGAGGAAGAUGAAGAAGAACCUGAAGAUGAACCUAUUGACUUUUAUCGUGAUGAUUAUGCUGAGACUGACGAUUCAGAUGAUGAUGGCCACCAAGUUUCUUUUUUUGUUGGUCAAGCGUUUCUCUCCAAAGAAAGUUGCAAGAAGGCUAUUGAGAAGUAUGCUAUUAAAGAGAAGGUCAAUAUUCGUUUUCAAAAAUCUGAAAGUAAGAAAGUAGCUGCAGUAUGUGUACAAGAUUGUUGUAGUUGGAGGAUAUAUGCCUCAGUAAACAGCCGGCCUGCUAAUAUGGUUGUGCGGUCGUACAAUUGCACUCACACUUGUUAUCCAACUGGUGUAGUGAAAUUAUAUAGUGCACCGAAGAUAGCAGCUGAUUUUUUGAAUGAGUUUAGGACAAAUCAAAAUUUGAGUGCAGAUCAGAUGAUGCAAAGGUUGCUAAUCCAAGGUCUUCGUCCUGUGAAUGGAAUGGAGCUGUGGAAAACUCACACUAAUGUUGUAGUUAUGCCUCCUCCGGACAGAAUCAUGCCAGGGAGACCAAAGAACAAUGAUAGAAUUCAUGAGCCAACUGAAGCUCUGCCAUCCCAAGUUCUUUCUGCACGUGAAAAAGUUCAAAUGACCUGCAGUAAUUGUCAACAAGUCGGACAUAAUAUACGGUCAUGUAAGCGUGAAGCUGUGCCUAAACCACCUAAGAAACCUCAAGGAAGACCGAGAAAAAAACAGAAAAUAAUGACGGAAGAAGAGGUUACCAAUCAACCAGCACAAUCUCCUUAGUUUCUUAGAGGAUGAUACUCAAUUUCUUUUAUUAAGUUGUACUGUUUGGUGCUUUUUUGUUUUGGUGAAACUAUGUUUCACUUUACGAUGCUCUGUUUUUUCUCGUAUACGGUGCUCUGUUUUAUUUUUUUGGUAUACUCUGUUUUUGUGGUAAAAUCAUGUUAGUCUGAUAUAUUGUUGGCGAGACAAAGAUAAUGGUUCAAGAUGUUUUUUUUAAAUCAAAAUUAUUUAGUUUUAAAACUCAUUUUCAGUGUAUUCAGAUUUUGAACUGUUAUUUACUUUUAAAAUUUCAAACUUUUAUUCGUAGGAACCAGUGAACAACAAUUAUAAUGCUUGUUCAUGAUGAUGGUGAUUGUCGCACAAUUCCAAUUGGUUUAUGAAAGCGUCUUGUUUUUUUACGUAUAGAAUUUUGACAACAUGCUUUGUCACAAAAAAAAAAAAAAACAACAACACUUUCUUAUGUUUUUAACAGUCAGUUCUUAAAGCUUCAGGGGUUAGACGUUCUUAAACAGUCAAGCCUAACUAUACUAACAGACUUAAGUUAAGGAGUUAUUUCAUUAUCAAAAUACUUGAGGGUUAAAAAAUGGAUGGGCAGAGAAUUAAGGGUUUGUUUCAUUAAAAUCCCAUUUAUAAUCGAUCAUAGUUGCUAACUCAGUAGAAAAUAAAUCUUUUCAUCGACUUUAUAUCGACGUGUUAGCAAACAAACAUAAUGAUGGUUCAUGACAUAUGCCCCCAUACUGAACCUUGCGGUGCAAUAUUUUAUGAUCAUCAUAAUGGUUAAUUUUAAUUAUUAGUAGUUAAUGUUUGGUUAGUUUAUAAAAUUAUAGAUAAAACAAGGGAUUUUGACUAAAUUUUGAUGGAGUGUGUAUUUCAUAUCUCUUUGGGUCUUAAAUAUUCGUACCGAUCCAGAUCCUCUACCUUCUUAAAAACUACAUGUAUUUUAAUUUUAUACCCGAAACAAACGAUCUGGAUCUAAAAAACUCUGAACUGAAACUGAAAUUUUUUUAUUACAUAAUUAGGUUCAAAUGUAUAAGAUGCGAGAGAUCCGAAGACCUGAAAAGAAUUGACAUGAAAAUCUGAGUGCCCAUGUGUCUAACUCAUUACAUGAGAUAUAAAUCGAUAGUUUACUUUUAAUAAAAGGGUGCAUAUAGAAUCAAACUUUUAGGAGAGCAACUUGCACUUUGUAUGUGCGGCAUUCAAUUAAUUGUUAUUUACAGACAGAGAGCAUACAUGUACAGAACUUGACCCCUUUUUUCUUGCAUCGUACAGGACUUGACUUGUUGUCAGAUUUAGUUUUCUCUUGAGACUGGCAUGUUAUAUCAUAGCUAUCACGCAACAACAUGUUCUUUUUUAGUCUCACCUCUAUAUAUGCUUGAUUGGAAACUUUCGAAGGCUUUGAUGCAUGCUCUCUUCAAAGUAGCGUUUUAUUUAACUAUUUAGGUAUGUGGUUAAAGCAUAUCUCGAAUCUAAAUGGAUACGCUGAUCACAUGUUGGUGACUAAUACAACUGAUAUAGCUGCCACAUCUGGAACGGCCUUUUGUGAGCUUAAUGAUCUCGUGUAGAUUCACCAUGUCAUACUUGCAAAUAUGCAAUUAAUCAACAAACUUGGGAUUUAAAUAAUAUAUAACGAACAAAAACUUAGGCUUUUAAUAGGGUUGAACCGGUUACCGGAUCAAUUUUCUUAUAAGUAGGAUGCAACCAAAGUUUAAGAAGAAAACAUAUUUCGUGGGUUAAAUAUGCCUAAAACUUAGUGAAGUAUCCAUUAUGUUUUGUAUCUUAGUUUAUGCACCCGAGUGACGCCCACGGUUCAACACUCGUGGAUUCGUACAUUCAAUGUGAUCUACCAUCUUAGUCUUUUUCUUUUUUUUUUUGAAACACUUCUACCAUCUUAGUUAGUUAGAUAUAUUUAAGCAUUAAGGUUGUUGCAUUAAUAAUCCAAUGAUACGAGUGAUAAGAACGGUAGUGCUUGCUGACAUCUAUAUGAAGUAUAUACUUUACAUGUAAUAGUCGAGGAAAGAAAAUAAGAGACUUACACGUAUAAUACUGUCUGAUGCGACAUUUGAUGUCAUUCGAAAUGAAUACAUAUAAUGAUAUAAAUAAUAAAGUAACCUACAUCACAUUAUUUUCAUUCGCUGUAUUUUCAGUGGACCAUAUCCCAAUAAUUUACUUCCAGAAAAGAGGGCAUAUAAAAUGACCUCAUAUACUUCUACUAAUGGUGGGGGAGGGGGGGGGGGACAUUUUUACAGAGAAAAUUAUGGGAAAAUAGAUAUUUUUAAAGGGAAUAAAGAUAUUUUUAAAAAGGGAAAAUAGAUAUUUUUAAAGGGAAAUAUAUAUUUUUCAAAGGGAAAAUAGAUAGUUUUUAAAAGGGAAAAUAGAUUAGUAUAUCCAAGCUAUGCACAUUGCAUAAAAGACAUAACAUUUUUACAGAGAAAAUGAUGGGACAAUAGAUAUUUUAAAGGGAAAAUAGAUAUUUUUUAGGGAAAAUAGAACAGUAUAUCCAAGCUAUAUGCACAUUGCAUAAAAGACAUAAAGCCACUUCUUUAACCAACAUAAUUACUAGUUUUUCCAUGAGCUAAUGACAUUAACAAACUAUGAAUAUUUUCUUGAGCUGAAAUUUGAUAGAGACACCAUAGAUUUUCAAAGCAGGUUUGUUUACUUGCAAAUGUCGAAACAAACUUAGCAUUAUUUUUAUAUAAGUCAAGUAUUCAAGGGAAAAAUCAAUAUAUUUUGGUUUAAGUAAUCAAAUCAAGUAAGGGCUUCAUACAUCCCAAUAUAUUUUCUAAAAAAAUUAUCUUGUUAUGUAAAGAACUUUUAAAAUGAAUCGAACAUAAUUUAGAGAAGCACAAAUCCAAAAGGAACAAUAGGGAGAACUCCUACAUGAGGUCUCACACGGUGUGCCAUGUGAUCAGCAUCCCCAACUUUAACGUAAGUGCUUAAAACUGAAGGCAUCAGAAAUGAAAGGAUGUGUGACAUCACAAGAAUGUAUAUGUAGACAACCGGCUAUCUUAAUCUUUUUCCUUUGCUAAUAUUUUUCUUUUCAAAACAUGAGAAUGAAAACGUUAAAAAGCCAUACUUGGCCCAGUAAAAAUGGUACUAAGCCAUAGAAACCUGUCAUUAUUAUUAUUUUUUUUAAAUUAAAUUUAUUCGCUUCGAAAACCUUUUUACAAACCUAAUGCCAUUUUGUGUAGAAAGAUAUAAACCUAUAUAGCAACAUGUCAUUUACCCCAUUUACUAAACUUGAUUUGUUACACUCAUAGCCGUGCCUAUUUGGUUAAAAAAUAAACAAUGGCUUACGGCAUCAAUUGAUUUCAAAUAAAAUUUAGAGGCAUGUUUACAUAUACAUUUUUCAUAUGGUGUACGUAAAUCAAUGUUUCUUCUUACAAAAUAAAUCUUUCUUUCUCAAUAUUUAUUCAGACACUUGUUUAUAUAUAACUUCCACUACAUUAGGUUAUGCUUUAAUUAAAUUUCUACUUAAUAGUUAAUUUUUAUUCCAUCUGUUACUUUCUUAUAAUUUUAUACUACAUAAAAUUUUAUAUGAAUUACCACAUUUGUAUCAUAAGUUUUGUUUUGCUGUAUAUUUCUAAACAGUUUUUUUACUCCAACAAACUGUUUAUUAAUUUUCUUUCAAUUUUGUAGUUUCCUUAUUAUAUAUAUUUAAAAACUUGGCUAAUUUUUUUUAUUUUGCAUAGGGCAUCAAAAACUCUUUGCACGGGUCACUUACACUAAAAAUAAAAUAAAAUGAACUGACAAGCACCAAACAAAAAUCAAAUGAAGCAAAUGAAAAAAUUCAGUAAACAGGAAAAAUGUAAAUAAAUGUUGUAGAUAAAAAUCAAAUAAGUUUUGCAUUUUUAUUCUAGUUCCUAAAAGAAUUUCCUAGUUUUAAUAUGACAUGAACAAACUAAUCAACCAAACUGAAACGAAGCUUUGAAUUCCUAGACCUAGUUUAACGUGAGAGAUAUCAAAGUUGAUGAAGGGCAUAUUAAGAUUCUUUUUAAGUUUCGCGCUCAUAUAUUCGAUGAACAAUCAACUUGCUAAUGAAUUAGUAAUAUGUCAUAUUGGAGUUGGAGAAAUAAUUAUCAUAUACUUAUAUAGGAUUAAUCUAAUUAUUGUCUAUUAAUUGUCCAGGGACCAGGGAACAAAGUUAUGUCGAGUGCAAAACUAAACGUUUCGUCUCUAAUCGAUGACAUUUUUGAGCGAUAUAGUUUACUGAUGCUAUUAUUGGGCUUCUUAGAAAUAGAUAAACAGAAGACGUGGAAGAGAUUAGGGAAAGUUUGGUUCCCUCAGAUACACAUUACCUAUACAUAGUAGUACGUGCCUUCUUCAGCAACUACAAGAAAAAAAAUGCACAAUGCAUAUAGCAUGGUUGACUGAUGUAUUUUAAUCCCAAAAAGAAGUAAACAGAACCAAAUAUUAUUGGCUAGCGAGUAGCAAGUUGGUGACAUAUUAUUGGGAACAUUGUAGCUUUUAAUUUGAGUGGUGGAUUUGGGAUACAAGUAUACAACAUCACAACCAAGAGAAAAAAGGAAAAAAUGAAUAGGAAGACGAUAACUCAAGAAGUGAUGUACGUACGUCGAACCAGUUUUAGAUUCUUGAAGAUGACGAGACACGAACUGCAGUAAUGAUAUUUUUCAGCGACUCGAAUAUGUUAACGCCAUUCCCAAAACAUUAUAAAUAUAGAAAUAGGAACAUAGGGUUUACACGAAGAAAACAAAAACCAACAUUUUGUUGAGAUUUGAAAUCAAAGAUCAUGUCAUUAAGUCCGAGAGACCCUCUUAUCGUAGGAAGAGUUGUAGGAGAUGUUGUUGAUCCUUUCAUGAGACUGAUUUCUCUUAAUGUUACUUAUGGCCAAAGACAGAUAACUAAUGGAAUGGAUCUAAGGUCUUCUCAAGUUCUGAACAAACCAACGGUUGAGAUUGGAGGAGAUGACCUCAGAAAUUUCUACACUUUGGUUAUGGUGGAUCCAGAUGUGCCAAGCCCAAGCAACCCGUACCUCCGAGAAUACCUCCAUUGGUUGGUGACAGAUAUACCUGCCACAACUGGAACAUCUUUUGGCAAUGAGUUGGUGUACUACGAGAAUCCAUGUCCCACAUCAGGAAUUCACCGAGUCGCAUUGAUAUUGUUCCGACAACUCGGAAGACAAACGGUUUAUGCACCCCAGUGGCGCCAAAGGUUCAACACUCGUGAGUUCGCUGAGAACUACAAUCUUGGUCUCCCCGUGGCUGCUGUUUACUUCAACUGUCAGAGAGAGAAUGGCUGCGGAGGAAGAAGGACCUCGUAGAUAUAUAUGCCUCCAUCUCAAGUAACCUAAUUACAUGAUUAUCUAGAGGUUCUUGUAAUAAAUAUAUUAAGAAUCUGAUGAUAUAAACAAAACGCAGGUGAUGCAUCAUGCAUGUUGACAUCUAUAUAAAGUACUUUUAUAUGUAAUAAUUGAGAGGGAGGAAUAAAAAUGAAAGUGUUCUUACGUGUAUGGCAUGUGAUGCGACAUUUUACUUCAUUGUAAAUAUUCUAAGCAACAUUACAUA